AGAACCUUCUAUACCCUCUAUUUGUCUUCCCCUGUGGGGUUUAGAGCAUACACUAUCCCCUGUGGGGUUUAGAGCAUACAGUAUCCCCUGUGGGGUUUAGAGCAUACACUAUCCCCUGUUGGGUUUAGAGCAUACAGUACUUCCCUGUUACUUCCCCCAGGAUGCACUAAAAGCGGCCAGUGACUUGGACUGGACCGGGGUACUGGACAGUGCCUCCCCCAGUGGUACCCCUGGGGUGGUACUGAACGACAGGUUGAUGACGGAGGCUUCCCUGGGAGUGCUGGGGCAGCUGGGGCAGCUGGGACAGCUGGGCACCAUCCUGGCAGCCCAUGGUAUCGAACCCCAGCCAGCUGUCAAGGUGGAUCACUCUUACAGCCUGACUGUGUCUACCCAGGAGUCUACCCUCUCAGACCUGGAGAGCGAGUGCUACCCUGCCAUACCUCUGUGUGAAGCUGUGUGUUGUGUGGUAGCAGCCACCACUACCACUACCACCAUCACUGCCACCACUACUACCACUACCACCAUCACUGCCACCACCCCUACCACCACCUCUACCACCACCAGUCUAUCCCACACGUCUACUUUAUCCACCAGCAGUACCCAGCAGGAGGGACUAUCUACCUCUGCUUUCAAAAGGGCUUUGAUGUCACCUAUGUCACCUUUGAUUUCUAGGUCCCCUUCACCUGAGGUGGCACCUAGCAAGGUGCUGCCUGCUGGGGCAAGUCCUGCUGGGUCACCUACUGUAGUUACCAUGCCUUCUAUAAGGAGCAGCCUGGCAGUGUGUCGACCUAGCUCAGUGGUAGUGACCCAGAGGAGUCAACCUGGGUUGAUGCAGUCAACCUCAAGAUUGGGGUUGAAUUCCCUAACUCUGAGGUUACCUACCUCAGCCUCCACCACAUCCACUGAUGCAGGAUUCCCCAUGCCUCCUACACCUCCAUCCUGCUGUGGAAGUGACACAGAGUGUGGAACACAUUCUCCUAGGCCUACCCAGCCUCUCUAUGAAGUUCUUACACCACAGUUCUGUAACCCCAGGAAGAACCCUAGGCCUGUAGUGGCCUCCAGACAUCCUAUCAACACUCCGCUUAUCUCUACACAGCCGAAAGGUGCCACUGGAGCACUAAACCUGACUGAGGAGGAGAAACGGACCUUAUUAUGUGAGGGCUACAGUAUACCCAGUAGACUACCUUUAACCAAGGCUGAAGAGAAGACCUUGAAGAAGGUCAGGAGGAAGAUCAAGAACAAGAUCUCUGCGCAGGAAUCUCGCCGCAAGAAGAAGGACUACAUGGAUGCGUUGGAGCGGAAGGUUGAGCGCCUCAGCACCGAGAACCUAGAAAACAAGCGACGUAUUGAGGUCCUGCAGAGUUCCAACUCACAGCUGCUGCUGCAACUGCAGCGUUUGCAACACUCUGUGGAGCAGGAUGAGAAGUACCGCAUUAGGUCCACCCCCAUAGCAACCCUCCUGGCUUGAUGAGGUCUGUCCUCAACUUAUCCGCUCAGCGGGCAUCAUUGGUUCAUUGUUCAUCCACCCAUUCAUCCGCUGUGCUGGAAGACAAGUGGAAAAUCCCUCCAGUUGUUUCAAGAUGAGUGCCUGGCACCCAAGUGGCAUUAUUAGUUGACUAAGGACGUGGGGCGGCAAGAAAAAUUUCCCCUCAAAAAUUCUCCACCCAACUAGGCCUCUCCUAGUUUUCUACUAGGCUUCUCCUAGGACUCUGCUAGGAUUCUCUUAGGCCUCUGCUAGGCCUCUCCUAUGCCUGUGUUAGGUCUCUCCUAGGCUUCUCCAAAACCUCCACUAGGAUUCUUUUAGACCUUUCCUAGGCUUCUAGGCCUCUGCUAGGCCUCCACUAGGCCUCUCCUGUAUACAGUCACUAUAGCUGCCCCCGUAACAUUAUCUCUGUACAUUCCAUAAUACCUAAGUUAUCAUUCACUGUUUUUAAGUUAUCGAGUUCAAUCAACCCUUGAUAUAACAGGAUUGUUCCACUGUUCAUUAAACGUGAACACUUCAAAAAUAACACAAAAAACACACACAUAACUCACACAGAAGAAUAAAAUGUAUGUCUACAUUUGGGCUCUCCGAAAUAAACUUAGGUACAGUACUCUCGAAUAGUGAUUUGAGCUUGCCUACCUGAGUUACUCCCAAGCUCUAAUUUCAGCAAAAUACCAAUGCCUAAAUCACACAAAAUACUAACUUACGAUAUUUUUGACUUAUGAUAUUUUUUACUUACAAUAUUUUCGACUUACGAUAUUUUUGACUUACGAUAUUUUCAACUUACGAUAUUUUCGACUUGCCAUAUUUUCGACUUGCCAUAUUUUCAACUUAUGAUGGUUUGACUUACAAUAUUUCCAACUAACAACGAGUCAGUUGGAACACAACCCCAUCGUAAAUCAAGGACCACCUAUAUACAAAUUAAAAUUUCUUUGCAUAAUUUACAAUGUGUGAUUUACACAUUAUAACUGUUGAGUACAAAGCCACUAGCAUGCCUAAGCAUUUCAGGCAGACUAGUCCUAAGGCAUACAGCCUACUUAAAGUUAGACAUAGGUUAUGCAGUAGUAAAUUUUUAUUAUUCAUUAUAUUACCUUAUUACUAAAGGGAGGUAACCAGAAAUUUUAUAAUUAAAAUAAUUUAUAGGUGUGUAUUGAUAUUUUAGAUUAAUUUGUCUUCAGUUAUUUGGGAUAUUUUGAGUACAGAAACUCCUCACUUAAUGACCACACGAACUUACAACCAGCUCUCUGACCAAUCGCUCUAUGUGGAAGAUAUUGAAGAAUUAGUGGAAUAUGUCGAGGGAGAGCCAACUAACAAAGAUUUAAUAGAGUUGGAAGCACAGCAGCACUUGGGAGAGGAAGAGGAGGAAAGAAUGGUAGAAGUAUGGAACAGGACUCGGUUGUUAAGUGAGGAGUGCCUGUAGAUUCCAACUGGUUGAAUGAUUACCAGCAUAGUUUAGUGUUGGUGUAGUUAUGUUUGGGAGAUGAAAUGAUUUUUAAUUAUAGCCUCAAACUGAUUGACAGACAGGAGACCUUUUGCUGGUUCAGGGCAAUGAAUGUUAGAUCUUGGGGUCCUUUAUGUGCAUUGUAUUUUUGCAUAAGGUGAAAUGAGCAUGAGGAAUGUCAGAUUGAGUUUUGUGUCUUGUGUUGUGCCUCUGUGUUGUGUUGUAUUAUGCCUGUGUGUUCUGUUUGUGUUGUACAGAAGGCCGUGCAGACCAACUAACUCACAUUAAUACAAAUCUCAUAGAUUUCGAAAAAGAAAUGGAUAACAUGCCCACUCACUCAGCACCUGGACCAGACUCAUGAACUGUUCUGUUUAUAAAAAGGUGCAAAGUACCACUAGCACACACCCUCAGUAUACACUGGAGAAAGAGCCUAGAUCUAGGUGAAAUACCAGAGACUUUAAAGCGUGUAGACAUAGCUCCUUUGCAUAGAAGAGGUAGUAGACCACUAGCUAAAAAUUACAGACCAGUAGCCCUAACUUCCCACAUCAUAAAAAUCUUCGAAAGAGUGAUGAGAUGGCAGAUUAAAAAAUUCAGGGACAAGCACAAUCAACAUAGCCCAAACCAGCAUGGUUUCAGAGCAGGACGAUCAUGCCUGUCACAGUUGCUGAACCAUUAUGACAGAAUUAUGGAGGAAUUGGUAGACGACCAAAACACAGAUGUGAUAUACAUAGACUAUGCAAAGGCAUUUGACAAAUGUAAUCAUGGAGUGAUAGCACACAAAAUGAGAGCCAUGGGUAUUAUGGGGAAGGUAGGCAAAUGGAUUUUUGGGUUCCUAACACACAGAACACAAAAAGUAGUAGUAAACAGAGCAAAAUCCAGCAUCAGCGAGGAAACAAGCUCAGUUCCUUAAAGCACUGUCCUGGCACCUCUGUCAUUUCUCAUCCUCAUAACAGACAUAGAUAAAAGCACCCAUCACACUUUUGUAUCAUCAUUUGCAGACGACACUAAAAUAAGCAUGAAGGUCACUACAGUUGAAGAUGCUGAAAAAUUACAGGAAGAUAUAAGCAGUGUUUUCCAGUGGGCAGUGGAGGACAACAUGACAUUCAAAGGUGAUAAGUUCCAACUGCUUAGGUAUGGAAAGAAUGAAGAACUUAAAAGGAACACUCUAUAUAAAACUCAAGAGGAUCACCAAAUAGAACGAAAGGAACACAUAAUAAGACAAAGAUCACAACAGCCAGGAGGAUGAUUGAGUGGGUAUUGAGAACUUUCAGAACAAGGGAAAUAAUGCCAAUGGUGACACUUUUCAAAUUGCUAGUGCUCCCUCAUUUGGAAUACUGAUCAGUGCUGAUGGCCCCAUUCAAGGUAGGAGAAAUAUCAGAGCUUCAACAAAUACAAAGAUCAUUUAUGGCCCUCAUAAAGCCAGUAAAGCAUUUAAAUUACUGGAAACGCCUUAAAAUCUUGAAGCAGAGGAGAGCUACAUGAUAAUAUAUAACUGGUGUCCCAUAGCAUGAUCGCUAGCGCACUCAGCUCACACACUGAGGUCUGGAGUUCGAAUCCCAGGUACGGCUGGAUAACAUUAGGACGUGUUUCCAUAAGACCUGCUGUUUAUGUUCACCCAUCAGUAUAAAAUGAGUACCUGGGCGUUAGUCAACUGGUGUGGGUCGCAUCCUGUGACAAAACUGACUUAAUUUGCCCAAAAUGCUCAGCAUAACAAGUGGCUUUCUAUAUAGUAGUAUGUCAUUGAUGUCAGCUAGGACUGUAUACCUUGUACAUGUACUUGUAUAGUAGUAUGUCAUUGAUGUCAGCUAGGACUGUAUACCUUGUACAUGUACUUGUAGAAAUAAAGAUAUUUUUAUAAAAAAAUACUUGAGGGCCUGGUCCCAGAUCUUCACACUACUAUAAUUACAUACUGGAGUGAGAGAUAUGGAAGUGCAAAAUAAACCCAGUGAGGAGCAGGGGCGCAGUGAGCACAAUAAGGGAACACUGUAUCAACAUUUGUGACCCCAGAUUAUUUAACAUCUUACCAGAAGAUAUCACAAACACUGCUGGAACAAGUGUAGAAGUCUUCAAGAGAAAACUGGACAAGUAUCUUCACUAGGUGCCAGAUCAACCAGGUUGUGAUGGAUAUGUGGGGCAUCAGGCUGGCAACAGCCUGGUUGACCAGGCAAGCACCAGACGAGCCUGGCAUAUGGCUGGGUUCCGAGAGUAGUAAGACUUUCAAAACUCAUCAAGAACAUAUCUGUUGUGUUGUGUCUGUGUGUUCUGUUGUAGCUAUCAAGAAGUUUGAGAGGAGGGUUUAUAUUGGAGUUUAAUGUAUAUAUAUAGUAGACACAGUAAUAUGAGUGUAUAUUUUGUAUAUUAAGUUCAAACUCUUGAAAGAGUGGAGGUGUGUGUUGUCUGGCACAGGAAUUGGUGAUCAUCCACACAACAGCUUUUGUGUUGGGUUAUUAAAGAUUUAAGGUGAUUAUUCAUGGUAGAUCCCCAGGCACAGAUAACAUAGGUGAAGUAAGGGUAGAUUAGAGAGUGGUAUAGUGUAAGUAGUGCCAUUUGGGGUACAUAUUACUGUAUCUUGGAGAUGCCUACUGUUGUGGAGUGUGUGUUGGAUGCGGGUCUGAAAUUUCAGGUUGUGGUCAAGGUGAAGACCUAACAAUUUGCCCUGAGUGUGUCUUGUAAUGGGGAAACCACUGAUCAAUAUGUUAAGGUGGAUAUUUAAAGCUCUGUUUCCAAACAUCAUGAAGUAGUUUUUUGUCUAUAUUGAGAGGGAGUUUGUUGGUCAUCUUCCUAGUAGAUAUUUUUAGUAUCUGGUCAUAAACAGUGCCAUUAAACAUAGUUGAGUUUGAGUGAUAGAAGACAUAAGUACAGGUCGGCCAUCACUAAUCAAGCAAUCAGUUAUCGGGUUCCAUCAGUAAUCCGGCACUAAUUUUGGCUAGCGUAAUUUCAAAUUUCAUCAUUAUGCUGACUCAGAUCAUUAUACUGACUCAGAAACUGUGUAGAUGAUUGUAAAUCCACAGCAGCAAGCCAGUGGAGAAAGCAGUGAUGAAAAUAAGGAAAAUAUAGCAGAAAGUCUCUACUGACAGGUUAAUUCAGUUGACAGGUGAACUGCUAAAAGGUCUAGAGCAACACAGUUUUAUAAGUGAACAAGAAAUAAUGAAAGUUUACAUGGUGCAGGAUAAACUAUUCAAAGAAAGACCAAAAUAUAUGAAACAGCUCAGUUUGGUUAACUUUAUUAAGUGUUCUAACCUAACCACUCUGUAGUCUGACUGACCUGUAGUGUCAUCUGUCAAUAGAACUGAUUUAAUAUAUUGUUACUGCCUGAUUAAUCUUGAGUUAGUGUUAAGUUUGCCUGAAAUGCUCUGCAUAUAUAUAUGUACUAUAUAGGGGCUUUCUGCAUGUAUACCCAAAUGUCAUUCACCUUUGUACAAACAUUGUAUCAUGCUGAAAUAAAGUAUUACUAUUACUAUUGAUGUAAAUGAGAAAGAGUGGUAGGCCUAGGACACCGCUCUGUGGCACUCCAACAACUACAGGCUGAGUAGACAAUGUUACAUUGUGCAGAUAUACUGGUGUCUAUUGCUAAGAUAAGAUUUUAGGUAUGCAAGGGUAUGUCCUCUGACCCCAUUAGUUUAAGGUGCAGGAUAUUGUAGUUCACUAUAUAAAAUGCUUUCCACAGGUCUAUGAAGAGCCAUACACAAAUAACCCACACAUAGAAGAGAGGAGCUUACGACGAUGUUUCGGUCCAACUUACGUCAUAAGCUUCUCUCUUCUAUGUGUGGGUUAUUUGUGUAUCGUUCCAGUCACGGUAUUAUGCCUUUUUUUGUUAUCUAUGAAGAGCCUCGGAGGAUACAGUAAGUCAUCAACUUACAAACAUAUUGUGUAUAAUAUCAUUAUUAUGCACAAUUCAGGAGGUCCCCAGCAUGUUUGUAAGUCGAGGACUUCCUGUACUAAUUUUUUCCAGGACAUAAUGGGAAGACUAAAAGCAUAUACCAAAGAUGAGGUAAGCAGUCCCAUCUCCAAGGCUGAGGGACUGAUAACCUCAUCUCUUGUACAUAGUUCUGUCCUUCCCAUUUCAGUUUGAAUUAUAUCCUUGAAUUUAUACAGAUGAUCCUCAACUUACUAUGGAGGUUAUGUUCCGAUGAACUCAUUGUUAGUCAAAAAAUCAUAAGUAAAAAAAUGUCAAAAACAUCAUAAAUCUAAAUAAUACUGUUAGUCAAAAAUAUCUUGUCGAAAAUAUCGUAAAUCGAACAUGAAUAUAUGGUAAAUAAGUGAGUCAAUAAAUAACUAGCAUCAGUGAAUAAGUCAAUAAACAAAUAAUUAGUGUAACCAAAUACCAGUAUUGAAAAGUCAAUAAAUGAAUACAAGUUAGGAACUUGCCACCUUCAAGCUGGCUAAUUAUCUUAAGUUUCAUCUCAAAAGUUAUUGCUGCUACACUGUCGUAAAGUUGAAAUCAUACGUCGAACCAGUGUAAGUCAGGGAGCGCCUGAUGAAGGCACUGGAUGGGGAAAUGUCUACAAAUAUAACCAGGUGUUGCACAUGUCUAAUUUUUCAUCUUGUAGGUAUUGUAUACCAUUCAUACAGUAUUGUAUACCAUUCAUACAGUAUUGUAUACCAUUCAUACAGUAUAGCAUACCAUUCAUAUAGUACUGUAUACCAUUCGUACAGUAUUGUACACCAUACAUACAGUAUUGUACACCAUACAUACAGUACUGUAUACCAUACAUACAGCUACUAGAAGCAUUACAAUGAUAGCCAUGUGUCUUAUAUACAUACUUGCUGUGUAUACCCAUGUACAGGUGCUCCUUGCUUUACCAUGGUUCAACUUAUGAUACAUCAACUUUACCAUGGUUCAACUUAUGAUACAUCAACUUUACCAUGGUUCAACUUAUGAUACAUCAACUUUACCAUGGUUCAACUUAUGAUACAUCAACUUUACCAUGGUUCAACUUAUGAUACAUCAACUUUACCAUGGUUCAACUUAUGAUACAUCAACUUUACCAUGGUUCAACUUAUGAUACAUCAACUUUACCAUGGUUCAACUUAUGAUACAUCAACUUUACCAUGGUUCAACUUAUGAUACAUCAACUUUACCAUGGUUCAACUUACAAUAUUUCAACUUUACGAUGGUUCAACUUACAAUAUUUCAACUUUACGAUGGUUCAACUUAACUCGUAACCGGCCCAAAUGUAUAUAAACGUUUUUUCAACAUUUGAAAGUAUGUAAAAAAAGUAGAUCUUCUUUUUGUUUUUUUACAUUUGAAAAUGUGUAAAAAACUUUGAUCUACUUUUUUUUUUUGUUAUAUUUGAAAAUAUGUAAAAAAACGUAGAUCUACUUUUGUAGCACUACGCAUGUGAACGUAGAUCUGCUUGGACCGUUUAUGGGUUAAAUUUCCACUUUAUGAUGGUUCAACUUACAACAUUUCCACUUUACAAUGGUUCAACUUACAAUAUUUCAACUUCACAAUGGUGCGGCUUAUGACAUUUUCAGCUUACAGUGGAUUUGUCGGAACAUAGCCCCAUCAUAAGUUGAGGACCACAUGUACUCUACACACUAUAUUAGUACUCUACACACAGUUUACAGAUAUAUUACAAUAUAGCCUCUCCUCACUUAGAGACGUACUCAUUUACCGACAACUCGGACUUACAACCGGCUCUCUGACCAGUAUGCAUACCUAAAUAAUGUAUAUUAGAGCUGAUUUCUUCUAUUCUGUUUAUUACAAUAUACAGUACACUACUGUAUAAACAUUUAAAAAUACAUGAGAAAUGUUAUAAAUGGUGCAAAGGUGAUACAGUCCCCAUCCCUUUAUCCGAAAUUCUGAAAUUCAAAAAGUUCCGAAAACCAAAGUUUUUCAUGGAGUGUGGAGCGUUGGCAUCUCUACAUAACUCCAACACUGCCAGCUGUGUCAUAACAACAUAAGAAAGGAGGAACAUUGCAGCAGGCCUGUUGGCCUAUUCUAGGCAGGUCCUUCACAAAUCUGACCCACAAACAGAAUAAACUCUACCCAAGCAAUAAGCUUUGACAGUUCUACUGCUUGGGUAGAGUUUAUUCUGUUAGUGGGUUGGAUUUGUGAAGGCCUGCCUAGUAUGGGCCAACAGGCCUAUUGCAGUGCUCCUCCUUUCUUAUGUUGUUAUGAGUGAGAGGGGUUGGAUGUGAGUGGGGCUUGCUUAUUGCUUGGGUAGCAUUGAAAAUUGAGUUGGGAAAAUAUUCUAUUAGUGGGAUGGAUUGUGAAGGACCUGCCUAGUAUGGGCCAACAGGCCUGCUGCAUUGCCCCUCCUUUCUUAUGUUCUUAUAACCAUACUAGGCAGACUGUUCCACUCAUCAACAUAACAUAAGAAAGGAGGAACACUGCAGUAAGCUUGUUGGCCUAUACUUGGCAGGUCCUUCACAAAUCCAACCCACUAACAGAAUAAAUGUUACCCCAGCAAUAAGCUUUGAUAAUUCUAUUUACUCACGUUCAAGGCCACUCAAAUCCAACCCCCUCUCACUCAUGUAUUUUCCAACCUAAUAUUUUUAAUAUUUCUCUUCAAACAGGUGUAGUGUCUGAUAUGUGGAAGAUGGCUAAUGUAAUUCCUAUUUUUAAAACAGGGGACAAGUCGUUACCGUCAAAUUACCGCCCAAUAAGCCUAACCUCAAUUGUAGGCAAAUUACUAGAGUCAAUUAUAGCUGAUUUUAUAAGAAGCCAUCUGGAUAAGCAUAGCUUGAUUAAUGAUACUCAGCAUGGAUUCACGAGGGGCCGUUCCAGCCUAACUAAUUUAUUAACCUUCUUCAGUAAAGCUUUUGAGGCCGUUGAUCAUGAUGAAGAAGUUGAUAUUGUUUAUUUAGAUUUUAGUAAGGCUUUUGAUAGAGUACCGCACCAGAGACUGUUAAAGAAAGUGGCAGCUCAUGGCGUUGGGGGAAAAGUGCUGUCAUGGAUUGAGUCAUGGCUCACUAAUAGGAAGCAGAGAGUAUGCUUAAAUGGGGUUAAAUCUGAGUGGGGAUCUGUAACAAGUGCAAUACCACAGGGAUCAGUCUUAGGCCCGUUGUUGUUUAUAAUAUAUAUCAGUGACCUUGAUGAGGGUAUUACUGGAGUUUACCUGGAGAGAGUUCCGGGGGUCAACGCCCCCGCGGCCCGGUCUGUGACCAGGCCUCCUGGUGGAUCAGAGCCUGAUCAACCAGGCUGUUACUGCUGGCUGCACGCAAACCAACGUACAAGCCACAGCCCGGCUGGUCAGGAACCGACUUUCGGUGCUUAUCCAGUGCCAGCUUGAAGAUUGCCAGGGGUCUGUUGGUAAUCCCCCUUAUGUAUGCUGGGAGGCAGUUGAACAGUCUUGGGCCCCUGACACUUAUUGUAUGGUCUCUUAACCGAUGACACAAAGAUAGGUAGGAUAAUUGAUUCAAAUGUAGAUGUCAGGGAACUUCAGGAGGAUUUAGACAAACUCUAUUCUUGGUCAGAAAAGUGGCAGAUGCAGUUCAAUGUAGAUAAAUGCAAGGUUCUGAAGCUCGGGAGUGUCUAUAACCCUAGCACUUAUAAGUUAAAUAAUGUUGAACUUAGCCAUACAGAUUGCGAAAAGAACUUAGGGAUUAUGAUAAGCAGCAACCUUAAACCAAGACAGCAAUGCCUAAGAGUACGUAAUAAGGCAAAUAGAUUAUUAGGAUUUAUAUCAAGAAGUGUAAGCAACAGAAGUCCAGAGAUUAUACUGCAGCUUUAUACAUCAUUAGUAAGGCCUCACCAAGAUUACACAGCUCAAUUCUGGUCUCCAUAUUACAGAAUGGGUAUAAAUUCAUUAGAAAACAUUCAGCAAAGAAUGACUAAAUUAAUACACAGCAUUAGAAAUCUUCCGUACGAAGAAUGAUUGAAGACUCUUAAACUAUAUUCACUUGUAAGACGAAGAAUGAGGGGAGACAUGAUCGAAGUGUACAAGUAGAAGAUGGGUAUUAACAAAGGGGAUAUUAAUAAGGUCUUGAGGAUAUCUCUCCAAGAGAGAACCUGCAAUAAUGGAUUCAAGUUGGAUAAGUUUAGAUUUCGAAAGGAUAUAGGCAAGUAUUGGUUUGGAAAUAGGGUAGUUGAUGAGUGGAACAGUCUUCCUAGUAGGAUUAUUGAAGCUAAAACGUUGGGUAGUUUCAAAUUUAGGUUGGAUAAAUACAUGAGUGAGAGGGGAUGGAUUUGAGUGGGACUUGCAUAAUGAGUAAAUAGAAUCAUCAAAACUUAUUUCUUGGGUAGCAUUGCAAAUUGGGUUGGGCAAAUAUUUUGUUAAUGGGAAGGAUUGUAAAGGACCUGCCUAGUAUGGGUCAACAGGCCUCCUGCUGCAGUGUUCCUCCUUUAUGUUCUUAUGUUCCUAACUUUAUUUUGAAACUACCCAUGGUUUUAGCUCCGAAAAGAGACUGGACAAAUAUAUGAGUGGGAGGAACUGGGUAUGAUUGGUGUUGUGGGUACAUAAUAACAUAAGAAAGGAGGAACACUGCAGUAGACCUGUUGGCCCAGACCCCACCUUCAUUCUGAAAUUCGAAACACUGCUGGCCCCAAGGGAUGGGGACUGUAUUAUAACAAUAUCAAAGAUGGUUGGCACAAACCCACUACCAUUAUAGUAUGCUCCUCACUUAGCGAUAAAUUCGUUUAACGACGUGGUCUUAGGAACUGAACUCCAUCAUUAAGUGAGGAGAGACUGUAAGUUAAAAGUACAAUGUAGCAUGUAGAUUUUGUGAAUUAUAUCAGAAAUCUGAUAUAUGAGAAGUCUGUUACAUCAAAAGUCUGUUAUAGGAGGGUCCCACUUAUACAGUGGGUUAGGUUCUGGGCUACUGUAGGGACCCACUUAUCCAGCAGAUUAGGUUCCAGGCUACUGUAUAUCAGAAGUCUGUUAUAUUGGCAGUCCGUUAUAUCAAAAGUCCAUUAUAUCGAGGGUUUAAUUUAUCUUACAGCCAUAUGAAUAUAGUUUUUAUACAAAUCUUUUAACAGAAUUAUUUUGACAGUGUAACAUUUAAUAGGAUUUUAGAAUUUAACAGAAUUGUUUGACAUAGAAUUUAAUAGAAAUUGUUGACACCAAAAUUUUAAUAGAAUUGUAGAAUUUGAUAGAAUUGUUUGAUUGUUGACGAAUUUUCAGAGUUUAAAUACGUGAUUGUUAUUGUAUGAUUAUAUGGAAUUGUUUUGUGAUUUAUAUAAAGACAGGGAGAGCGGUAAACCCGUAUGGCCUCCCUAGAGGAGCGGUGGGCGAUCUGGUUUGAUCCAAGGAAGAAGAGCCCUUUGCUAGCCUCUCAAUGAAUACUAUAAUGUAUAAUA